AACACCGACGAUGUUUGUGUUUAACAGGAAACUACUUCCGGUGUGUAGCUCCGUCUGUAAACAAACAUGAGGGUAAAACUUUCGUAGUUCUACUUCGUCCUCCAGUAGAGUCUCACGGCUAGAGGUUAUCUCGGUUUCCCCGUUCAUCCCGCAACAUAGUCACCCUCUUUUCGCCCAUGUUGAUCCUCCGGACCGCGGCACUCAGCUGCAAAGGUCUGGCCGCUCUGCGCCGCCUGCCCGCCGGCUACACCACCUCCAGAAGCACCGCUAACGUCACAUACAUCCAGGGCCAGAGCCCGGUACCACGUAUCCGGGAAUACUUCUACUACAUUGACCACCAAGGACAGCUUUUCCUCGAUGACACCAAGGUGAAGAACUUCGUCACCUGCUUCAAAGACGUGAAGUUCCUGACCUUCUUCUUCAGUCGGCUGUGCUCGAAUCAGAGCGGUCGCUAUGAGGAGGACUUCCCCUUCUUGUCCCUGUGUGGCAGGGAGAGGAACUUCGUGCGCUGUGAUGACCGUCCCAUAGUCUUCACCCACCUGCUGCAGAGUCCCUCGACGUCGCUGGGAAUCAUGGGAGAUCAGGAGCUGCUGUCGUACUGCGGCGGGGCGGAGAAGCUGUCCGCCCCGUUCCGCCCGGAGGCGCUGUACAUGCAUCCGGUCAGCGGGCGAGUUUACCACCCCUGCCCGGACCGCGGAGGGGGGGUUGGCCUGGUCAGGUCGGCUCUGGCCAUCGAGCUAAGCUCCUUCUUUGUUUACGCUCCGGAGCACGGCCAAUCAGGACAGCCGACACACUUUCUCUGGGGCGGACAGAAGCACACGCUGACCAAUGAGCUCGCGGGAUGCUUUCCCACUGUGGAGGAAGGCAGUGGGCAGAACGAUGAACUGGGAUAACAACCAGAACUGGUCAAGA